UUAAUUAUUUGUUUUUAAAUGGCCUUUCAAGUGGCCAGUAUCAUAAACGCAUAUCCUCAAAUACCUUAGGCUUAGAACUUUUCAGACACCCCUCGUAAGUGGAUCUCGUCACAAUUCUCUAUCUGACGCAAUAAAUUUAGUUUUAGAACAACAGAUCUAAUUUUUUAAAGUCCAAACUUAUUUUCGCCCGGGCGAGAUCAUUAUCAAAUCUGAAUGAAGGACGACUCGACCUUGAAACGCUGACCUAAAAUUUAAUAUCACAAUACAUGUUAAUGAUUACCAGGCGUUCUCUCAGUAGCCACUCGUAACCAAACUAAAAUAUCAUUGUCAAUAAUUUUAAUAGAUUCAUUAUUUUAAUUAAUAUCGGUUUUGUUUUAUUUUGCGAAAGAUGUAGGUAAGUAAGUAAAUAGUAAUGUAAGUGUUCGCUCAGUAUGUUUAUAAUAAGCUAUGAUGGGGUGAUUUUAGGCAAGGUGAUGGUGGAGGACGAAAUCGGGGUGGGUGGCGGGGGGAAAGGUCUGAGUGAGGCAGCGUCGAGUACCUUCACUGUUUCUCUGGGUCGCUUCGCGGGCGCACGCUCCUAGCCCCGACAGUUCGCUCGCGACCGUGCGGACGAACCGCAAUGUAGUUUCACCCAACAGUAACAGAACAAGCCUCAAACUGUUUUCAACUUUUUCAAAAGUUGUUAAAAAAUUAUCGGGUGCCCCAGGAGACGCGUCCCAGGCUGGCAGUUCAGGUGAACAAGCCAAAGAGCCGGAACCCUCACGCACCGAACCGUUUGCCCGACGCAUCGGCUCCGGCAUGGCGGGCAUCAUAUCCAAACUUAAGAGCGUGAGCACCCAGAAUCCACCGCAGCUGGAGAGCAACCCGAUCAUGCAGUACUUCGAGAUCGGCAAGGAGAGCAGCAAUGCGGGCCCCGGGCUCGUGUGGCGCGUUCACGACGCCUACAGAAAGAGUGACGGGAAGGAAUGCUCAGUAUUCAUAUUCGACAAGCGGAUAGCUGAGAAACUAUACAAGCCGAAACGCAAGGAGAGCAUGCUCGACCGCCUUCGAGCAUGCGUAGCCCUGCUUGAAAAGCUGCGCCACCCGAAAAUGCUGCAGAUCAUUCACUCGCUCGAAGAGGGCCACAAUACCAUCGCCUUUGCCUCUGAACACGUACUUGCCAGCCUGCACAACAUACUCGCCUGGCAUGAGUCAACCCCGGUGGUGCCGGGCGCGCAGCCGCCGGUGCUCCCGCACCCGGUGUCGCUCGGCCCCCCCGGCAUGCAGAGCCCUCAGGUGAACGCCAACCCGCAGCGACCACCCUACGCAAAGGAAUACUUCUUUCUGGACAUCGAGCUUCGAUAUGGAUUACUACAGAUCAUUGAGGCGCUGCACUACCUGCACUACACGGCGCGCCAGAUCCAUCGCAACGUGUGCCCACAGGUGAUCAUCGUUACCAGGCGCGGCACAUGGAAACUUUUUGGCUUGGAGUUCAUCGAAAAUAUUCUUGGAGAUGACCCUACAGAGAUGCUGACAGUUGCGCCGUGGUCUAUCAAAGUGGCCAAGAUUGCCCAGCCAAAUCUUGACUAUUUGGCUCCUGAGGUGCAGACGAACGGCAACUGCAACAUCUUGUCGGACAUGUUCUCACUUGGGCUGGUGAUCUGCGCGGUAUUCAACUCCGGAAAACCUCUUAUACAGGCCAACAACAACCCCAUGCUUUACGUCAAGCAAAUCGAAUUCUUGGACGAGCAAGUAAGCGCCGUGUUGCCGCGAGUGCCUGCCGCGCUCCAGGAGGCAGUGCAGCGGUUGCUCUCCCGCGACCCGCACCCGCGUCCCACCACACAGCUGCUACCUCUCAUCAAAUACUUCAAAUGCCAAAGCGAAGUCGCUAUCCAAGCCAUGCAGUUCCUUGAUGUGAUAACCAUGAAGGACCCCAACUCAAAAAGCAACUUCUACAGGCAAACUCUCAUCGACGCGCUUCCAUACAUACCAAAGAAACUGCGCUGGCAGCUGGUGUGGCCGGCGCUGCAGCUGGAGGUGCGCACGGCCGAGGUCUUGGCGGCCGUGCUGCAGCCCAUCAUCUGGCUCACCAACGAAGCCACCCCUGACGAAUUCAGCCACUAUGUUCUUCCCACCCUCAAGCAUUUUUUCAGGAACCUGAUGAAUUCCCCGAAGAGUGUACAGGCCUCUGUCACGGUCUUAGAAAAUUUGCACAUAAUUUUAAAGAAAUGCAAAAAGGAUGAGGUGAACAAUGAGAUCAUGCCUAUGCUCUAUACAGCUUUGGAUAACAACACUAAUCAAAUACAGACUUCGUCUCUGAUUGCAAUGCAGAACGUAUCCGAUUACAUCGAGGAUAAGGCACUCCAUGGCAUUGUGCUGGGAAAGGUUAAAGUGCUAUUGGAAAAAAAUCAGAGUGAUGUUAAAAUAAUUAGCCUAAUCCUCGGAUUUUAUGAAAAAAUUUUAGUUAGAUUGGAAAGAAAUCAUAUUCUCGAACAAGUGAUCCCCACUCUUCUGAGCAUGAGGUUGAGCGAUCCCGAUAUUAUCAACCGCGUUGUCCGGCUUUACAAGUCAAUGCUCUUGGAGAGGAAAUUCGGCUUAACAACGAACGUUAUGGCAACAAAGAUGAUCCCAUCACUUGCACCGCAGACUGUCAAUCCAGCAUUGAACGUUGAUCAAUUCACUAACCUAAUGGAGAUUCUCUAUGAUAUGCUGGACAACAUUGACAAAAACCAGCGCUACAAGUUGAAACUGGACAGUCUGACUUUGCCAAGUCCCGAGCGGCAUCGUCCGCUGCGGCACCAGAUGAGCACCGACAAUAUGAACGUACCACCCUUCAACAUCCCCAAUUUGCGUGUGGAGCAGCGCAAGACCUCCAGCGCCGAAGACAUGGCACGCAAAAAUUCUAUCGGUGGACAGAGUAUCGGCACGGGAAGUGUUGGUGGUGGCUUCAAAAGUACUGGGAUUGGGCAAUGGUUCUUUGGAUCGAGCAACUCCACAACCGCUGAUAACAACUUUUUACGUGUGGCCAGUGCAUUUCCUAACCGUCGACUCUCUGAUAACACUCUAAUGACCCCCAAAAUUCGUAUAGCUCCCUCUUGCGCAUCGUCCCCUGGUGGCACUCCAGGAGGUAACUCAGGAUUGCCCACGAGACGCCAUUCCAGUAUUGGCCCUCAAGAACGUCGUGGGUCAGCAGUUAAUUUGUCGCCGCCUACCGGCGGGUCUAUGCCGAAUACUUCGUCCAGCGUGCCGUUUCUGCUGACGUCAUCGAUGCAAUCGAUCCGAUCCCGGCGGCCGUCGGCGUGCUUGAGUGGCUCGCAGGGAUCCGGCAUCUUGCAGCAGCUCAGCAGUGGCAUGGUAAGGCACUUGCCCGUCGGCUCCUCGAGUUCCGUGCACAACAAGUUGCCCACGCACUGGGGUGCGCUACAGGGUGCGACCAGUGCCGGCUACAAUGCGCUGCAACAUACGGCCAUCGCUGUCAGGAAAUGCCCCUCGCUCAAUAUAACACUGACGCGUUAAAAUCGUCAGUACCGAUACAUCAGUAACUCGGCACUUCCGAAGAGACGUUACCCAGAAAGUAUACCAUUCAGGAUUUAGUCGUUUGUUAUUAUGUGCAACUCUUGAAUUCACCUAAGUGUCAUAGUAUAGUAGGAGCAAAUUAGCGAGCUGUAGCGUCUCUUCGGCGCGAGCGAGCGAGCGUGCGCGCGCGCCGCCGCCGCGGCUGCGCACGCGGUCCACGCCGCCCGAAGCUUCCAUGGCAGCCGCCUGCAACGGCAAUCCCCGUCCGACCCCUCAGUGUUUAGUAGUUUCAAAAUAUUGAUGUUGUAACACCAUCUUAGAUUUAUUUGCCAUUACUUUUUAGAAAAAUACUUAUACCUUUAGUUCAAUGUUAUUUUUGAUGUAACAUUAAUAUUAAGUAUCUGUUUACAUGAAUUUAAUUUCUAAAAGUAAUUCUGCAGUGAAAUGGGAAUUUGUAAGCUUUAAUAAAAAUAAUGUGGACAUAUCACUCGUUUGUUGAUCAUAAAUGAAUUUAAAAAAUGGUGUAAAAUGUCCAAUUUUAAUAAACAUAAAAAGUAUAUCGAAAGUUUGAACAGAAGAAGUUACCAUGCUGAUAUGAUACAUACAGCAAAAUGAUAAUGGUGCUGUGAUAUGGUAUUGUUAUAGAAAAAAAUUAGAGACUACUGAAAUUAGAGGGAAUAAACCAUUACGGUAAAACCUUAGAAACUAUUUUUAUGUUCGUUACUCCUUUGAGUACAAACGAUUCCAAAUUUUUAAAAAUGUGCCAAAGGAUGAAGUUAACCUUAAAUGAUUUAUUAAGUUACUAAAUUAAUGAUAUUGGAACGUAUGUAAGUCCCUAUUAAGAGAAAAUUAUAUUAAACUAAAUAUUGUAUUUGUAUGGAAAAACUUGGAAUCAAAUCGUCUAAAGAGUAACACCAAAUUAUGAACUAUAGGUAGUUAAAACGAUAUUGACUUAAUUUGAGCUUAUAAAAAGCUAUUGUUUUGCAAUGGGGGAAGUAGCUAGCCAUUAGCCAACUAGUCGACUUUUGUUCAAAACAUGUUUCAGAAUUGCCACUAGAUCAUUUUCAAUUCUACUUCGACUGUCAAAAGAAUUUAAAAUGCUGUUACGCUAGCAAGCCGAGGUAUAUCAGUUGUACAAUUCUACAUCCACUGUUCUUUAAGAUUGCACGUCGAAUAUUUACUUUACCUCUGAAUAUUAUACAUAGUUUUGUAGUUAUUAUUGAAGGUGGGUAUAAAAUAAUAGCGCUCUAAUAAUUUUAUAAAAGGACAUAUAAUUUCGUAGAAGGACAUACACAAAUAGGCAAACCUAAAAAAACUGUUUUAGUAAUAAAUUGUUAUUUCGCCUUAUAAAUGAGAGGUUAUCGGAAACUAAAAUCAGCGUGAAGGUAUGAGUAUUAGUUACGUUAAGUUCAGAGCUCAUUAGAGUUAAAUUUGAAUGACUUCAGGCCGUAUUCAAACAAUGCUUCUAAGAGAUCGCUGACAAAUUGGUAUCGUACUGCAAUGAUCGAAUUGGGCAUUUCGCUGCUUAGUCUCGUAAACUAGGUACCUACUUACCAACGUAUACCACGACCGUGACGCCGGCAUUUUCGGUUAUAGGAAACAAGAUAAUAUUGUCUUGUUACAUAAAAAUAAAAUAUUCCUUUUUCUUGCCCUAAUAAUCUAGCCAAAGUGCGUAUAUUUUCGCUUCAAUGGCCAUAACAGAAGCCUUACCAGCACGACUGCAUUAGCAGUGUCAAACUGACAUAUUCGCAAAUGGCUGCGUAACUUUCUAUACAUAUAUAGGUGCUAAUAGAAUCAGACCAAUCUAAGUUGGCAGCGAUAUUGAUAGCAUGGACUGUGCAAGUGUUAAAAGUAAAUUUCAUAAUUUCAAAGAAGUUUGACGUUUAUAAUAACACUUGCCAGUCUAUUAUGCUAUCAAAACUUACAUGGCUUGGUCUGACUCUAUGCGAAGACGAGCGAUAUGCUUAGAAAGUUAGUUACGCACACGCUAGCGAAUAUGUCAGUGUCAAUCUGGUGGUAGCUGUACUGGAAAGAAGGAACCAAAAUAAUUGCGAAGGUACUAGGUACUUCGGGCGCCUGACAUGCACGGUUAACGAUGUGAUAACGGAUUUGAUAGAACAAAUGUAACUUCUGGACACCGCUGGAUAGAAAGAGACGCAUGCCUUAAUCCUGCAGUCAUUAUAAUUAUAGUAAUUUUCACAUAGUUUGGGUACAGUGACAACUGUCAUCUCAAUACAUAUUUUGCACAUUGUGCGUUUUAAGAGUCCCUGGCAAGCUCGGCCGAAUCUCAUCUUCUAGUAGUAGUAGAGUAUAUCUCGGACACAACGUAAAAAUAUUCGUUAUUUCUUGCGCCACCAGAGGGUCUCGCUAAAUGUACCUUGCCCACAUAAAAUUCUGGUCUCGCUGCGCCACUGAUGAAAGAACAAACAUGAGGUAUAGCUACGGCUGAAAUAAGUUUAUAUUGCUCCACCUUUAUAGCCAUCAACCCACCCCAUAAACCCACAAGCGCCGCAACAAGCAUCUACAACACAUGAUGUGGCCAAUGAUGAUAUUAAACAAACAAAAUAGAGCAAAAACAAGUUUUGUAUAAAAAUAAUAAAUUCGCUGUAUUUUUUAACUAUAGUACAUAACUAAUUACAGUAGUUUUGGAGCAAUCUAGCUAGUCGUUUAAAAUGAGGGCGUAACUACUUUUGUAUGGAUAACCGAGCUUACUGGGAGCCUUAUGGUUUUAAAUUGUAUGGACAUGACAGCUAUAAAGAAAAGCGUUGUAGCCUAGCCUAGGUAAGAUCGUGCUACUUUCGACCCGGAGGUCGCGGGUUCAUACCCCGUCUCGUACCAAUCAGUUUUUCGGAACUUAUGUACGAUAUAUCAUUUGAUAUUAUCAGCCGCUUUUCGGUGAAGAAAAACAUCGUGAGGAAACCGGACUAAUCCCAAUAAGGCCUAGUUUCCGCUCUUGGUUGAAAGGUCAGAUGGCAGUCGCUUUCGUAAAAACUAGUGCCUACGCCAAUUCUUGGGACUAGUUGUCAAGAGGACCCGAGGCUCCCAUGAGCCGUGGCAAUAAACCGGGACAAACGCUAGGAAGAAGGACAUGACAGCUAUCACCGUACCCGAGCUAUGUGAAAAACUAUAGUGUGUCACAUCGAUAACGCGUAAAUAGGUGUAAAUAAGUAAAAAUUUCACGGAGAUUAAACAUUGUAGGAACCAGUUUAAGUAUUGUGUUUAUUCCAAAUUAUACAACUACUGGAUACUAAAUCAACCAUCGGUACAUACUUACUCAAUUUAAACAACAAUUCGAAAUGCAAUGAGUGUUUGAUCCUACACCUAAUAGAUUUUAUCGGUGUAUAAAAAUGAAAAAUCCUUGUUCAAUUGAAUAUAGAACUGGAUUUAACAACAACCAACUAUUUUUUUUUUGACCCCGGUAGCCCGUGGUAGUUUAAUGACCUAUUUUUGUAAGGAAUAGUAACAUAGCUUUCGCAAUUACUAGUGACCAUAGCGCAUUAUUUUAAUAGUUAUCAAUUAAUUGCUUCGGUUUUCUUUUUAUUUGCUUUUUAGUGCCCCUACUUACGCCUGUAAACAAAACUUUGUAGUUUAUUUCCUACUUUAAAUAAAUGUUAGUAUUUUCAGAUUUUUUUAAGAGCAGGUAACGUAAUAUCUAUCUGAUUUAAAAAAUAUACACGUUUGUUUUGUUUAAAAGUUUAGUAGCAAUUAUAAUAAAUGAAAAUUUAUUUUGCAGAAAUAUAAAUAUUCAGUUAAAGUCAAACCAAGAUAAGUUGGCACCGAUUUUGAUAGCCCAGACGGUGCACGGGUUAUUUUAAACAUCAAAAUUCUAUGAAAUUAUGACGUUUAUUUGACACUUGCACCGUCUGGGCUAUCAAAAUCGCUGCCAACUUAUCUUGGUCUGACUUUAACUGAAUAUUUAUAUUUCUGCAAAAUAAAUUUUCAUUUAUUAUAAUUGCUACUAAACUUUUAAACAAAACAAACGUGUAUCUUUUUUAAAUCACAUACCAACCAAAUUGAAGUAUUUGAAGUGUUCUGUACCCCUAGUGUAAAUAAAUUCGAUUUCGAAACGUGACGUACGCGUUUGCGUUUAGUCUCAUUUUGUAUUGGAUUUAGAAAGAGCGCGCCUAGCGGGACGUUUUGGAAACUCAAAAUCCUAUACAAAAUGAGACUUAACGCAAACGCGUUCGUCACGUUAUGAUGUCGAUCAAAUUUACACUAGGGGUACUGGUCGCGUAACUGACGAUCGUUAUGUAUAAUAAUAUUAGUAGGCAGUAGAUUAGCACACAUAUGAGGCCCAUAUUAAAAACUGAAAUAAUAGAUUCGUCCAGAGACCUGGCCAAAAUGACAAUAUUUCACUGUUAACACAAAUGGAUAAGUUAAUUAAUGUAUUGUCACGCGAUUUUUAGUUCCUAUCUCUUUUUACUUUUCAUACUGUUGUCAACAAUUGAUGAUUUUCAUCUAGUCUAGUAAAUUUCAUCUAAUAAUUUAAGUAAAUUGUGAUCGUUUUAUAAUAAUCCCAACUUAUAAAUUAUCUACAGAAUUUUAUAUUAUUUUCUUAACAGUCUCACUCCUAAACUGUCUUGGAUAUUUUAUGUUCCUGCUCUAGAUAGCGUAGCAGCUUUGUAACCAUUAUCCCGUACUUGUACAAACCUGAAUUAGAGACUACCCCUAAUUACCUACCGAAAACAUUACACACAACAGUACAUUGUUUUACAUAUAGAAUAAAGGUAACAAAACAAACCUUCAAUUAUUAACGAAUCUAUCAGCUGUUUUGUUACGGCAGAUAAUGCGUUUGUAAUCUGUGUGUGGUUUGGCAUGUGUUAGGGGUAGUAUAAGUGUUAGUAUUUAUAGUUAGAGUAGCGGAGGGACGGGGGCCGCGCGGCCGAAGCCAAGCGGAGGCGCGCGCCGCGGGUCGCGGCCGCGAGCCCGGCACUACUACAGUCUCGCACGCGCUUUGAAUUUUAAUCACUUUAUGUUGUGGUUGCUUACAGUACCAGCUGUUUUCCGGGCGUACGUAAAGAGAGUUUCGUUAAAGAUAUAGCCGCGUAGCGUUAAAGCGAACGCAAUGAUAGCGGCGCCAUCGCGUGUCGCCGCGCCGCCUGCGCCGCCUCGACGCUCCGCGGUCCCCACUUCACGCCCGUCUCGACACACUCAACUCACGUUAUUUAUGAACAGCACGUGCUCUGUGACAAUGAUCGUGAUCCCGCACGUGUCUUAUGAUUAUAAUAGGACACUGGAAUGUGUUGAACCUAUUCGUGCCAAUGUUACUAUAUUUACACCAAAAAUAAUACUUCAUUCAUUUCACGCAUGUAAUACUUGAUUUACUAUACGAGGGCAACACUGAAAUUUUUUGAAGUAAAGAUAAGAGCAGUCAUGUUUUUUUUUUUUUUUCUAACAAUUAAUACUCGUAUGCAUAAAUUUUCAUGUAAGUUAUUAUUCGUAAGUGUCAUCUAGGUAUCUAUCCUAAAGAUGACAAAAUCUACUGAUACGAAUUUUCUUGUCAGUCUUUUUUAUAAACCGCAUAACUUCUAUGUUAACUCGGGAUGUUGAUGUCGAAUGCCACGCUUCUCGAUGAUCCGCAAUAGUAAAGUUAUAAUACCAAUAUUACAAACAGUUAACUAUAACCUAUCCAAACUUUGUUGUUAGCCAUUAAAGCCGUAUUAAAUUAUGACAGAAUAUUUCCAUCAAUCAUGAAAUACAAAUCACAACCGAAUGAAAUAUUCCAACCUCCAAAAAAAGAGUACUGUUUUCAAUUAUUAUUAUUUUCUUUUUGUAAUAUGAGCUCUGAGGUCCUCUGUUCUAAGAACUUUCAGUGUUACCUAUUUAUUUAUUUAUACCCAGUAUCGAUUAAUAAGCAUUAUUACUAUUACGUAUUUUGCUCACUUUCAUUGAGGGCAUUAUAGAGUAGGUAUAUUUAAAUUUAAUAAAUAAAUGCUUUCAAAUUAAGAAAGGCGCAAUUAAUUGUAAAAAUUAAUGGAGAGCUUAUUAUUAUAAUAGCUACGUGUUGUACAAAAUAUUGGAAAGAAGAUUGAUAUGUUUUCAUACAAUCUUGAUCAAAAUGUUAAGUGACAGAUAGUUUAGAAAUGAGGAAAUUAUCGCAAAACAAUUUAAAUUACUUGGCAAUCUAGUAACAGAGAUAUUUAAAACCAAUUUAGCAAUCCUGUGUUCACGUCUUUGUCACACAACUUAAUUUAAACGUAAUUUUGAUACUUAAAUAAUCUACAACAUUUGCUGAAACUGCUCUUGUACAUCAUUUUGUAUCAUUUACCACCACUUUUUGAAUUAUUUUUAAAAACUGUCCCUUCUCGUCUUAUAUUACUUGGGACGCACGCUUGCGACCUCAUUAUUAAAAAGGCUAUAUGAGAAGACGUACUAAUAGAAACCAAUACUUGUUAUUUAAAUAUUACGUAACGAAAGGUGUACAAUUUCGACGACUAAAUCUAUCAAUUUUACAUUUAUGCUCAAAAAUCGUCACCGGGCUCUUAAGAUUUCGUAUACCAAACUAUAAUUGCGCACUUUUCAUGUAUGGGCUCCCAACUAAACUAUAAAAUUUCUUUCGAUACGCUGUAGUCAUCUAUAAAAAAAAAAUUACCAAUCACGAUAUUUACCAAUUUUCAUUACUUAUUUAGGUGUUAUAGUAAAAAAAUAUUUUUGAUGACUCAUAGAUUUUUUUUGUAUAUAAUCAAGCUUUUCAAUGUCGUACCUCACUUAGGCAACUCAGCAAGCUUCGUUGCCUGAACACGGUACUUGACUGAAAAGCUCUCUAUUAUAUCACGAUUGUAUAAAAUACUAUUACCUACUUGACAUAUCAAUAUCAAAGCGAAGAAUUAAAAUGUCUCUUUUUCUAGAUUGCCAUUGUUUGUAUUAGAAAAAUAAAAGUUUAAAAAUGCAACUUUAGCUAUUUUUCAUCUUUUUAUUUUCUCAAAAAAACCAUAAUCGGGCGGAGUAGCGGCGCGCCUUAACUAUCUUCAAAAAAAAAUUACAGCUUCCGUACAUCAGUAUAGUAUGCAGCCGUGGUGAUUAUGGACGCUGUUAAACUAUAGUACAUAGUACCAACCAGUAGCUCACAUCUAAAAGUAAUGUUAUAGAGGCCGCGCAUAGACACAGCAAAUGGGUAUAGUCAAAUAUAUCACGUGACUUACAAUUUUAUUUUUAUCAGUCUCUGAGUAGAUUCCUACAUCCGUAUUAAAAAAAAAAGUAUUUUUAGUUACCUAAUAGCGUGAAAUUUUCUCAUACCUGGUGUCGGGGGACAAUUACAAGUAAUGCCGAUAUGCACGUAAUAUCAAGGGUACGCUAUAUAGCACGAAGUCAAUUCUACUUGUCCUACGCCAACCUUGCCCAUAGCAAUAGCAGCGGUACUCGUAUUCUAGGCUCGAUAAAUUGUCAAGCGGGUUGAUGGCAGCCAAAAUGCCCUUGGAAUCCUUGGAUAUAAUUUAAAUAGUCUCUUUAAACCUUAGGUAUAAAUUACCUAGAGCAAGCAUUAGAACUUUUCAGUAAUUUCAACACUUACAGUGCAUUACGCUCGUUUUUUGGUUUGGACGAGGUGCACUACGAGUGAUGACAAAAUGAGAUCAUUUGUUAUUUUCUGCGGAAAUACCUACCUUCCCAACCUACCUUAAACUCAAAUGUAAUGUCCGAUAGCUGUUGUAUAAAUAAACCCGACUUUUAAAUUCUACAUCUGUGUUUUACCAAGAUUAGACUUAAAUGGUUUUUAAUAUCACGCCUACUCAUGUCCAUUAUUUUCUUAACCAAAUUUCUGAAAACAUUGGAAAUGUAAGCGAACUCUGAAUAAUAAAAACUCUACCACGCCCGUCUGCCGGAAAACCAACGUUAAUGAAAACUUAAAGGACGGGAUGGGCGUAGAUAGGUACAUACCUACUAAUCAUCUGACUUCAACUAGAAAAUGACACUGUAAUGAUUACGACAUCGCAAUAACUACAAGUUACUUAUGUAUUUUUAUAUUCAACUGUCUGUAUUCGACGAACUAUCUUAAAGCAAUGGUGUUUGUAUAAGAAAUAAAUUAGUAAUAUACUAUACCUACAUUCUAAUUAGUCAGGGAAAACCUAAUUUUUGUUAAUUAUAGGUAAACUUUUAUUUGUUUAAUUGGAUAUGUAACCAAAGAUUUGAUGUAAAAUGAAAGAAUUGUUGUGAGAAGCGCCGAGCGCGGCGGCUGGCGAGGUUCAGCGCCGACGCUGGCGCCGCGUGUUGUUAGUGAAGGUUCCAUAAAAGGCAUACAAUAUUUUGAAUUGUGAACCGAUUAAUUAGGGGUAAUAGGAAAAUAAAGUUUUUUUAGUCUUUAUUUUGUAUAUUUUAAUAUAAAAUGUGAUAGGAUAUCGAUGCAAAUGUUUGGCAUCGGUCCAGAUUCAGUGAGAAGGGUUUCGGUGCCCUGCUAAGAUAGGUGUUUUUGAAGUUUUUCUCACAUUGUAGCGUAAAUUUAUAAUUAUAUUCAAUAUCACUUGAAAUGAAAUACUUAUAAUAUAUAUAGGCUUUAAAUCAUCAACUCUGUCGGAAGGUAUUUUCAAGUACAAAGGAAAUAAUGAACAUUUUAAAGAGUAUAUAAAUUUAUAUAUAAUUUACUGCGCUCCUGUUCCUACCUACCUGAAAUUUACAAAAUGAAACUAGUUAAAAGUAUGAUAUUUACACGUAGAUUAUUUGUUAUUUGUAAUGCACCGCUCAAUCAUAUUAGCCACCCACGUACAAAUAAUAGAAGCAAUAUUACUAGAGCCGUGUGCUAGGCGACUUCCAUGCCCCGUCCAUGGGACGGUCACAUCACGUGCUCACCACUCGCCUGCACCACGCAAAUAUCUGCUCUGCUUAGCUAGUACCUGACUUGCAGCACAAAACUAAGAGUUACUAUACAUUCAUAUAUCUAUUUUUAUAUCUCACAAAGAAUACGAAAGAAAUUUCAAUUAAAUAGUUAAUAAUUUUGAAAAAAACAAUAUGUAGGUCUAGUUACCCAAAGUUUAUCAAAACUGUUGUGUUAUGUAUUGACAUGUACAGUCAGCGUCAAAUACUUUGUGGCAGUCAAAGUGCCCAAAUAGCUCGGUACACCAUACUAAAUAUAUGGCAGGGGUGGCCAACAGGUCGAUCGCGACUGUUAGUCCAGUCGAUCGUGGCAAGGCAAAAAAUAUAAAUACGUAGACCAGUUUCAUUUAAGGUUUCAAGAAGUAUGUAAUUGGUAGAUCGCACAGGGUUUCGUUAGUAAACAGGAGAUCUUGGGUCUAAUCAAGUUGGCCACCCCUGAUAUAUGGUGUACCGAACUAUUUGGCUACUUUGGUUGCUACAAAGUAUUUGACGCUGACUGUACUAAAGCCAGAACUAUUUUUUUUCUUCAAAGUUUACGCCAUAAAUGCACUUUAGUAUCGGCUUAUCGGCUGCGUCCCUUUUAUAUGUUUAGUAUUACAUAAUAUUAGUUACUAUUUAAGCAGCUACUACAAUAAUAAUAAAUACGUACAACACAUUUUUUAGGGUUCCGUAGCCAAAUGGCAAAAAACGGAACCCUUUUAGAUUCGUCAUGUCCGUCUGUCUGUCCGAUUAUUCCUGAAUGAUACUACUGCUGCGGAUGCAGUAACACCACGGAGUAAGUACCUACAUCUAAAAAGUUUCCAAACUACGGCCUGCGGGCUGAAUCCGGCCCUAGUACCUACCUAUAGGUAACUUUAACAUAUUUGAUUUAUCAAUUAAAUAUAGGACCAUAUGUGUUUUUGAAGUGAAAUCUUCUUUAGCGGCGCUGUGCAUUUUUUGUGAUGAGGAAAAAAUGUUAAACUCGCGUCAGGGUCACGUGACCGUCAGAUUGAAAAUUCGUAAGACGGACACCAAAGAGUAAAGUAAGUAUACGGACACGUGACAUCAUGGUGACGUGCAAAUUGAAUGUCAUCGAAGCCUAGUUACUUUUGAAAAGUCGCAUCUCAUUCAAGUGUGACAUUGUAUUUUCUUCAUAAUCAAAGUGCUGUCAUAACAUAAAUAAUAGAGAAUUAUCUCUUAAAACUGCUACUCAAUUUCUCCAAAAUAAAAAUGCGCAACGUUAAUAUUCAAGUUUUCACUUCUGCCGGCACUCCCAGAGUGCAACGCGGUUUUUUUUAUUAUUCCUCCAUGAAGUCAUAAUAUAUAAAAAUCUGGCUUACCUAUAAUAAAUUAUGGCUCUUAGACUGCAAUUAGACUAUCAUAUAAAUUAUCAUAUAUAUGGGAUCCUAUUUGAAAGCAAUCCUUCAAUUAGGAUCAUGUACGCAUAAUUUGGUAAAAUUGUUGUUAUUGUUAUUACGAGUACACCAUUAUAAAUAUGUCAAUUAUAUAAGAUCCAUUUUAACAAAUUGGCGUAUAUGAUCAUAAUUGUAUGAUUGCUUUCAAAUAGGAUCCCAUAUAUGUGUUACUUAUCUAACAAAACGCGAAAUGUGGGUUCUUAAUAUCAAUAUUCAAGGUGCGGGUCUGAAUAAAAUUCUUUCUGAAGAAAUUAUUUGUAAAGUUGUUAGAACGCCUUUCAUUAAGUUAUUUGGGGCAACGCGGCUUGGAAGGAGGCAUGUGCCAAUGACCCAAUUUCAGAGUAAUCUCCAGAGCAGUGUGCGGAAGGACAUCGAAGACGUACGUUGUACAUAUUUAUGUAUCAACUUCGCUUCCACCUGGCGCCGGGCACCGUCGAUACUGAAGUGCAUGUUAUAAACGGUGUAACUAGUCAAGACAUACAUAUUAGCAAUUUAUACUGAGAAUAGAACACUAAUCUAAUUCAUAAGAUUGUUAGGAAAGUGAGUUAGAGGUAAGCUGGAAACGUGGAGGUAAUAGGCGGAAGCUUUACUUUAUGGUAACAUCGCCUUAUAAUGUCUUAUCAAAUUGAUGCUUAUUAAAAAUACAAAGAUCUAUUAUUGUUACAAGAUAACCACAUAUUUUAUGACUGUUAGCUUUCCACUGAUUACAAGUUAAUUGAUAAUGGGUAGAAAACUCAUAUCUGUGUUAGUUACUGUUGUACAAUCGGCGCCCUAAAUAUCUGCGAGUACUUUUCGAUACUGAGCUACGACCUCUUUGUAAUUUUUGAAAGCCUAAAUGGUCGAGCUGCCAAUAAGAAGGCUUAUGUACGCAGAUAUUUUCAGGUUGAUAGUACAUUCAAGAACAAAAUCGUAAUACAUUUUCUCUAUCAUUUACUGAUAUUGCCAUAUUUGAUUAUAUAUACAUAUAUAGUAAAUAACGUAUCGUAUUUAUAACUAAAUAAAUGUGAUCUUAUUCGGUAGGCUGUACUUGAUACCUAUAUCAAAUAUAAAAUCUAUUACUAAAAUGUAGCUAACAAUGUGGAUCUUGAGACUAACUUUUUCAGACAAGACCAUGUUAAUAUUAAUUAUAUUUCAUAUAUCUUACUAUGUUUUGAUAUAUUAUAUGUGCCUAUUUGAGAAAUUGUUAAUAAGUCUAUCCAACUUGAAAGAUCGCCAAUGAGAGCUGAUCCCGCUAUUUGAAUAUGUGCGAACUUACGGCUUGUGACCAAUCAUUAUACCUAUCUAUUUUGAGAUUCAUUCUUCUGGUUGUGGUGUGUGCUCAGUGUUAGAAUACUUACUUAAUUAGCAUUUUACACGUAAAUUAUAGUAACUAACUGGCCUGGUCGGCCCUCCGAUGCGCUACGCCGUCACGCAGCUCCCGACGGCAGUAGGUAUCGAACAGUAACAUUUCAUAUUAACUAUACACAUCUUUUACUUAUAAUACUCGAUGUGAUUUUUAGGUAUUGCCAUGCCUACAUAUGUUACAUGUACCUACUUAGUGUAAUGGAUAAAUAUGUACUUGACAUUUUUGAUUAAUACUUAUUGUACUAUUCUUAGAGUAAUUAAUAUAUUGUAAGAGAUAUUUAAUACUCUCCCUUGUGAUCUUGUUCUGUGACUCUAAAUUAUUCUCUAAACUUGACUGCUAUCUCUUCUAAGGCAAAAAUAAUGUUGGACAAUACUUUUAUAAGCUGUUUCUUACAUCUCGCUGCGGAGUAGGUACAGUCCGCGUCAUAGCUCUAGCUAACGUUAAGGUCGCCUUUACGCUUGGUACAUAGAGCUUAAAAUCCAAUUUGAGAUGUAUACAUAGAUACAUUAGAUGCAAGACUUACGUUUUUUCGUACACUAUAUUCCUAUAAGGUAUGUCUGUACAUACGGGAAAACGUUGCCUUAAUGUGUUUUUUUUUGUUUCACUUUUUUCAUUUUGAUAUAUUUAUCAUUCUACAAAAAUUCAGAUUAACAUAUCACUAUUAAAUGCCUACUGUGUGAUUCGUAACUGUCCCUGUAGCGUCGCCUAACGGCAAUAUUGUGUAAUAACAGAACAUAUUAUCAUAUAAAAUAAUAUUAAGUGAUAAUCUUAAACACUUUGGAAGUUGUUUAUUGUUACCUACUCUUAUACCUACAAGUUGCUCUUCGUAUAGAAUUUAAGAUCAUUGAGAACAGCAAAUGAGAACAGAAAUUGACAUCAGUCCAUAAAGAAGUAGAUUUUGAGCAUAUUUUAACUCCAUAUUUCUGCAACUACUCCAAUUACUUCUAACUGUUAAUUUAUAUUUCUUUAUCUUACCUUUUAUUAUCCACGCUGGCCCCUUAGGGUUAGAACACACAAUAAACGAUAGUCAAACUUUUAAUAUAGCAACCAUAAAUGUCCGUAGAUUGAAUGUUGUAUUCAGUAAGAUACAAUUUUACCUGACAGUGAGUAGGUAACUGUAUAAUAAAAUAAUUGUGAUGUAUACUUAUCCAUAUUGUUUUCUGUAGAUCAAGUAACCAGAAGACCCUACAUUUAUGUUCUCUUAUACUUUACUGUUCUAAACGUGUAUAUCUACGUGAAUCAUGUAGAACAUUAAUGAAAUAAACGAUUCAAAUAAUAA